ACAUCAUUCAUUCAGGUCAUCGUAGAGCCAAUUGAAAUCUUCCGUGCAAGAAUCCAGUGCGUGUAAAAGUUCGGUUUUGGUUCGCGUAAAAAUCAGAUUUCAAACGCAAAUCGCGUUCCGCAGUGCCUUCAAAUUCAAAUCUGUCUAUUUGAUUUAGAUGGCUUUGUAGUUUUACCGGAAUAUCUCAGUGUAAAAGUGGACAAAUUUCUAUGGAUAUUUGAGUUUUUUUUCUCGUCAUUCGUAUUCGGUCGGGGUUAGGCUAGCAGAGAAGAAUAACAAUAAUACAAAGGCGAGUGCAUAGCUAAGCAUCGAUAGGAGGAAACAGAAAAGCUAUAGCUUUCUUCCUCUUCAACGAGCGGAUGGGUUAUGGUUGUUUGUAGUUGUGCGAGGUGAAACACAGUGCACCAAGUUUGUGUAGAGCAAUGCGUUUGUGUAGUUGUAAUGAAAGGUCGUGUUGCUUCGUGUGACGUAAAAUUGUCCAUACUUUAAGUAGUUGCACUGAAUCUGUGUUGGUGAAUGCUGGUGAAGAAUUUUCAAAGUGUCAAAUUCGGCUGAAGAAACAACGAUUCACCGAAGACCUGUCAGCACAAUGUUUAAUUGUUAUCUAUCAUCCGAGGAGAGUAUGCGUUAGCUACCGCAUCGAUAUGACGCUUGUGUGUGCAUCGCAACACGACACCGAAAACAUAACAAACAUUGAUAGUGUGCGUGUGUCUGUCGGCAGCAGAAGUAACAAUAAUAAUACUGGUAAUAAUACGCUGCUGAAUGCGUGUGCAAAGCAAGAGUUCAGUCUAUCGUUGCGGUGAGUGGGUUCAUGAAGAAAACCGUCUCGUCGUCGUCGUCGCUGUCGCUAGUUGUUUUUGUGAAGCAGUAAACUGUCUGUGUCCAUUAUACACAUUGGCUGCAGCAGCAGUAGUAACCAAAACGAGUUAAAGAUUGGAAUUUCGCCAGAAAGUGUGCCUCCAUCCUGCGGGAGGUUUCAACCCCCGCGAUUCAUCAAUCGAGUGGUUCCAGGAAGAAAUAAUCAUUGUUUGAUAUUAGAAUAGCAAUUUACGGAAAUAUUUUCUGUCCGUGGCCUUUCGCCCGGAAGGCGGAUUGGCUGAAGGCUGCUUUGGCUGCCGCAGCCCCCGCCACGACACCAGUGGUGUUGCGGUGCGUUUGCAAGUGAAAAUGUAGACCGCAAAGUGAAAUUUUCCAACCCAUCCUCCAAUUAUCCAAAGUGAAAAUCGAAGAAGAGAUUUCAAAAAUAAGCGAAAAUUGCAUUGUAAAAAAGUGAGCCAUAUAGCAGUCGAAGCUGAAAAUCUGCGUGCAUAUCCGUGUGUUUGCGAUAGUCAGAAGAUUUACUUCAUUUUGUGCAGAAGCAGGAAGAAAAGAGUUCAGCUAUACGUUUUAGAGUAGUGUGCGAAAAGAAAAUCGAAGUCGAAAUAGUUUUGUGGCGAGUUUUUUUUUCUGUACGUGCACUGGAAUUGUAGUGUCUGGGGAAGGAGCACAACAUUCCGAUUCGAUCACACAUCGAGCGAACUGUGGUCAACGAUACGCAUGCCAUCUCCCAUUGGGCGUCGUAAUCAACAUUGUCGUCAGUCGGAUGUGAUUGUCGCGACGGCCGGAGUAAUUGGGACCGAAUAGACGGAAGUGUUGUGCAUGCAUUGCACGGGAUUGGUUUCCUAACGCUGCGGCCCGGGACACGAUUCACCUUAAAUGGAUAACAAUACCCCGUCAUCUGGACCGUCCGAAAGGUCACCGUUGCAUCACACUCGUACCUCAUCCAGUAGCAAUCUCAAUGGUAAUGCCACACACCGCCAGAGACCGCAGACACUGACGCCGACCCGCGACUCACCCAAGAACGUUGCGGUCUCGAUGCUGACGCUGGUGCUGACUGUCAACAAGGAUGCCAGCGGAUAUGGCAUGAAGGUUUCCGGAGACAAACCGGUGUUUGUCGAAAGUGUGAAACCGGGUGGCCCUGCACAAAAGGCCGGUCUGAUAGCUGAGGACAUGAUACUGAAGGUUAAUGGAACAUCUGUACGAUCUUCGACGCAUACGAACGUGGUGGAGCUGAUCAAAGCUUCCGACAUUGUUGAAUUGACGGUGCAACGAAGUAACAACAGAAUGCAGCGUCCAUCGCCUUCCACGACGUCUAUCACGCCGACAACACCGAUCGCGCCGCGGAAUUCCAUCACCGCUCCUGUCCCCGUCGAUCACGCCAAGCAAAGGGAGAUGGAAUUCCAUAAAAUCAAAACUCUGCGAUUGAUGUUGGAGCAGGAAAAAAAGAAUCUGGAAAACCUAAACUCUAGCCACAAGCAGCGAACGCCGGAGAGUGUCAGGGCGGAGGCAACCAUCAAGAAGCUCCAGGAGGAACUGGCUCAGAUGUGUGGAGAGGAUACUUCAUAUCCACCAUAUUUAUCUGCCACCUCACCACUUUUCCCGCAACCUCAAGUGCAGAACACCUCUACCCCAGCAUUCCUGUCCCGAUUUCCCCGCUCACUAUCUUCACUUAGUCUCGGAACGAAAAAGAAAUCCACGGACAAAGACACCAAUAUCAGUUCCCCGAACGCAGAGUGUCUCAGUCCGACCGGGGCCGGUGGAGGUCAUCUUGGGAACCAUCACGGUCCAUUCGGACAGCCGCUGGGAUCGUCCGGCAGUGGAAACGCUGGCGGAUCACCAACCAAGAAGAAGUACAGUAGUAGUAAUGUGUCGGAUCGUAACCACAAACUGCAGCAGCAACACUCGCAGGAUAUUCCACCACCGCUACCGCAAAGAAACAUUCCAAAACGAUCCGAAUCCGCCAUGGAUUCGGUAGACACCGUCGGAACACGACGGAACAUUGUGGUGUCUGAUUUGGAUCAUUCCGUACUAACCACUUCGCUUAGCAGUGGAUCAAACAAAUACGUCAACAACAAUAAUAAUAUCAAUUCUGGUAGUAACGGUAAAAAUAACAAUAAAUCUAGAAAGAAGAAAAACAGUAAUUUGUCAGAUAUUAAGGCAGAACAAACGAUGUACCACCACGGUACGGAGCGGGGUGGAGGUGGCGAAUUGCAAGCGGAACCUCCACCGCUACCACCUCGACAGCCCGGCAUGAUGGAGGUCAAUCAAACCGUAAUCCUUAACAAUGACAAUGCUGCAGCAUCGUUCGGCAGAGAUUGCAACAGCAACACCAACAGCAAUAGUAACAACCACAGCCGGGUCAAUAGUCCGGAAACGCGUCCACCACCGAAUAGUAUUAACACAUUGAUGAACUAUCCACUAAUUACAACCUGUACGCCUGUACGAGACAAUAUGAACGCGGCGGCGUUUCCUCUUUCGCAGCGACCCAACAUUGUCCACCAGAUGGCGCAACACCAACAACAAGCCGCUCUGAAUGCAGCGGCACCGACGGCACACAUGAAUCAACCCAUGAGCAAAAAGCACCGCCGAAUAGUAUCAUCACCGGAGAAUAUCAGUCCCAAAGAAUACAGCGAUCAUUCGGCUGCACUUGUACCGCGCCACCAGAAAACUUCGUCCGAUUCGUGGGAUAAGCGUUCCCAGGAGAUAACUCCUCCAGGGACACCGCCACCACCCUAUCCCAGUUCGUCGUUAAUCGGCAGUGGUGCUGGUGGUGGUAGCGGACACUUGCACCACGAUCACACCACUGCCGGUGAUUUGGCAAUAGCAGCAAGCAACCAUCUGCAUCAGCAGCAGCAGCAACAGCAGCACUCGGUUCCAUCGGCCACGACGAUAAUUGCUGCUCAAGCGAAUGUUGCUCAGAAACCAAUCAUCUCAAUGGAGGACGAUGAAAUCUCGGAUCAGGAGAGCUUCAUCGAGGAGCACGGACCAUUCCGAUCGUUGUCGCAACUGCUGGAACCAGCUCAUUCGGCUCAUUUAGCAGUAUUUUUAAACUUCGUACUUUCCAACUCAGAUCCUUCACCGUUGCUGUUCUACCUUAUAACGGCUCUGUACAAGGAAGGCAGCAUUAAGGAUAUGCGCAAAUGGGCGUAUGAAAUUCACUCCACUUUUCUAGUGCCUGGAGCGCCCCUUCUAUGGCCAAAUGUAGAUGAGUCACUUGCCCGGGAGAUUGACGACAUUUUGCAGAAGGAGAACGACAAAGUUGAGAUCCUGCGGCGGGUGUUUUACAAGAGCCGUAACAAAGCUCGUGACUACAUCAACAUACAGCUACAAGAGUUCCAGGUGAAGCGGACUGCCGGUCUUGGUACUAUGUACGGUCCUACCGAUCAACAACUGCAGAGUGCCAAAGGAGACAAGGUCAAAGAGCAGCGAGUGGUAGAGGAAACUCUGCUGCCGAAGUUACAGCAGUACUUAGAAGAGAUCGAAAAAGAAUCGCCGAAGGAAUGUCCAAAAAAACUGGCACUAUGUUCAGCGCUGUCUACCGUUCUGCAAAGGUUUUUUGUGACGCGUUCCAAUCCGGGUAGCCCAAUCGAUAAGGUGCACCACUUUGUGAGUCGGGAGAAAAGCUUUAAGAGUCGUUUGAUGGCCAAAAACCGGAAGCAGGACAUUCUGGGACACAACCUUCGGCUGCAACCAUACUACGAGGUGACUCGAUGCAACCACUGUCAAAACAUUCUUUGGGGUGUGAGCCCGCAAGGAUAUCACUGUUCGAACUGUGAGUUAAAUAUCCACCGAGUAUGCGCAAAGGAUCUGAAUGAAUGCUGUCCGGGACCUGCACUGCUAAAAAAUGACAGUAGCAAAAUCACAAAAUUGAUGGAGAAGAUAUCUAGCCGAAACCAUCAUCAAGCCGAUAAAAUGAAAAGGCACGAUGAUGAUGGUGCCGGCGAUGACACUCUGGGAGCUGAUCGACCCUCCAGCAUUUCGUUGGCUCGGCAGCCGUCGGACCGAAGGCAGGACUUCAACAACAGCAGUUACCUGGGCAACGUUAGUUCCUAUUCGGAUUAUCUGAGCAAUUCCGCGGCUGAUCCGGACACCUUCGCGCAGAGUGUCGACAAUGAUCAGUUUAGGGAUAGUGUCAAAUCCAAAUCGGCUCCGGUGUCUGUCAAUCGGUCCGAAUCGUACAAGGAGCGAUCCCAGAAGAAAACCCGAAACACCCGCCGAAAAACGUCAGAUCCGAGUCUGACAAAAACGACUGACGAGCAGAAUGAAGCCUCAUCGUUGAUCAACAACUAUUCCAGCAGUUCCACAUCUAGUCUUCCACUCGCACUGGACAGUAGAUCGACGUCGCUUGAGGCGGUAGGUGGCGUACCGGUGGGAUCUUCGGCUGGUCCGGGAGUUUCCACCGGGGUUCCGGUACCGUGUCCUAACGUAUCUGCCACUGCUAACAGCUCCGGUAUAUUCAGCUCUCCUGGCGGACCAGGAAAUUUAGCUAAUUUGAGCUCCGGCACUAUAAUCUUGCCAACGGCCCGCGAAUGGGUCGAUAGUGAGGAUGAAGGUAACCUAGAGCCGGAAGUCGAUUGGAGUUCUAACAUACCUGCGGAAAUUCUUGCCACGCUAUGCAGUGUGGAAAAGAAACGACAAGAAGUGAUUAAUGAAAUCUACCAAACCGAGCGUAACCACGUGCGAACGCUUAGGUUACUGGAAGGGAUCUUCAUGCGUCCGUUACAGGAAUCCGGUGCAUUGUCACUUGAUUUGCUGCAGCUCCUGUUUCCACCGUCACUACGGAAACUGCAAGAGCUGCACACAACAUUCGAAAGUAAUCUAAAGCAACGACGGAUUGACCACUGCAAUAUUAUACGAGAAAUUGGCGAUCUGUUGGCUUUGAUGUUCGACGGUCAAUCGGGUGAUGACCUCAAAGAACAUGCCGCCUACUUUUGCGCGCGACAGCAGAUUGCACUGGAGGCACUCAAAGAGCGCCGAAAAAAGGACGAACACCUGCAGCGGCUGCUGAUCAAAGCCGAAUCGCAUAAAGCCUGCCGACGAUUGCAGCUGAAGGAUUUGCUACCGACGGUUCUGCAACGACUGACCAAGUAUCCGCUAUUAUUCGAUAACUUGUAUAAUUUUACCGUACGCUCCCAGCCAGACAACGAAGCGGAAGCACAGGCCAUCAAGAAGGCUCUCGAUUCCUCCAAGCGUAUAUUGGACCAUGUUAACCAGGCGGUUCGCACAGAGGAAGAUAAUCACAAAUUGAUAACAAUUCAACGGAAAUUAGACAAAAGUGGAUUAGACAAGGACGCUUCUAGUGAAUUUAAGAACAUAGAUCUAACGAUACGUAAACUAAUCCACGACGGGCCGUUGACAAUGAAAAAGAACUCGGGAGUGCAACUGCACGGAUUGCUGUUCGAGGAUAUGAUGGUUUUACUACAGAAGCAGGAUGACAAAUACCUGCUGAAGUACCACUCUAGUCCCGGUCUCGGUGGAAGCGAGAGUAAAAUUACCGAAGGCCGCUUCAAUCCUAUUACCAAAAUCAACCUGAUAUUGGUGCGGCAAUCUGCUGUUGACAAAAAUACCUUCUUCCUCAUCAACACCAACGUUUCGCAGAUGCUGGAACUGACGGCACCAAGUAGUUCGGAAUGUAAAACGUGGUUCAAGCACAUUUCGGACGCUGCAGAUGCUUACAAAGCGCGUACCAAAGGUACACACGAGUACGGUGAGGAUGCCUCUAGUAACGCUGGUCAGCCUCCGAAGGAUUCCUUCGAAACGGUUACCGAAGCGCAAAAGAUCGAACAAACUUCAACUCCGAUCGAUCGGUUAGAGCGCAAGGAUAGCAGUCUUCAAUGUCGUGCCAUCAGUACUGGGGGUCCCGGUUCCGGGGUGGGUGGCACUGCCACUAGUGCAAGUGCGAACAGUGGCUUGAACAACAACGAAGACUCGUUGCCGAAUAAAAACCGGACUGCCAACGAGAACGAUGACAACGUCGAGAAUGAGGAAAAGGAAAAGAUCAAACGACGCAGCAUGCUGCAGGAUUACAACGGUUCCGGCGACACCGGACCGGAGGAUGAAGAUGAUUACGGUCCGGACAGUCGAGGCCGGGGACUGAGUAAUACUCGAACACUGACGCAGCAGUGUUCGCUCGUUGCACCGAGCGAAAUACAUGUCAGCGUAAGCAACACACUGACAGCCGAGCCGAUAUUGACACCUUCAGAAAAACUUCGCCGAUUAGACCAGGCCAUCCGCAGGACGCUGGUCGAAAAGCAGCGGGUUGUCUGUGAUAUGUUUAAGGUGCCGGAUGAACAUUUUCUGGCGAUCGCGGAUAUCGCCGCCCAGCCGGAGGCACCUCAAAAGGAACCAACGGAUAUUAUCCUUGCCGCAUUCUCGCACAUUCAGUCACUGACGGAUGUACUGAAUGAACACAUGCGAGUAUCUCAGAGUCAGGAGAUUUCCGCUGUAUCCACUUCUGUCUGUGAUGAGUGCAAUCGUCGAGCCAGUAGCAUUAAACCACUGCUACCGUUGACCGCUAAGCCUUUGGUCCUAACGGCUGCCAUAAUCGGCACCGGACCAGAACUGAACGGCUCCGCUAUCGAUGCCGUCAGCAGCAGUAAUGCUGGUAUUCAACCCAGCGUGGGAGCACCUCCGAUUGCUUCAAUGCUGGAAAACGAUCAGGUUAACAUAACCGAAGACGAGGAUGGUUACUGUGAAAUCGAUGAAGUAAGGGCUGCCGCGGUAUUACUCGAAUCACAAUUGCUGGAAGCGCAGGCGAAAAAACUGGCAGCAGAGGCGGCCACCUAUGCCGAGGCAAGGGCACCUGAUUCCACAUCGCUCGAUGACAGCGGUGGUUCCAAGACACCAGACUCGCACUUCGAAAUCAACGAUAACUAUGACUCCACACAAAACCACUUGCCACCGAAAUUCACCGGAAUGGAUCUGUGCGGUAGAAAUCGACUGCUGCACGCUUCAGUCAUUGCGCCCACCAUACCGUGCCAUCUGAUAGCGAGCCACGUGACUGGCCUGAAUGCCCAAAUAUCACAGCUCUUGCCAAAAAUUAGUGAACGAGAUUUAGAAAGAGAACAAUUGAAAAGGGAAAAUCAGCAUUUACGGGAACUACUAAAUGCAAUGCAUCAAGAGAGAGUUUUAGAAACGCAGGAAACUACGGAAGUGCCCGUAACUGACCCUGAACUACAACAACAACAGCCACAACCCGAAGCACAACAGUCACCGCCAGUUGAUAUCGCAUCAGAUACCAUCACCACUACUGCUAAUGUGAAUGAGUGACUUUUCCAUUAAGCCCCCGCAAACUCAUAAAAUCUUCCAGUCGAGUAACUAGAAUGUCCGAAGCACUCGCUAUCAUUUGACAUGGUAUUACCUUCGUAAUUUUCAGUAACGGUCAAACUGUCCUAGUUAAUGGAAGGAAACUUUUUUUGAGGUACAACUUACAGACAAGACAACAAAACAUUAGAAAUCCUAUUAGAGCAGAUGGAAAUGAAUGGCCUUAAACUGACAACAGCAAAGAGCAUAAACUGCACCAAGUAUGUACGGUUAAACAUGAUUUUGUAUACUCGAAUACGUAUUGUUUAAAGCAAGCAUACAUGAACACUACUUAGUCAAAAACACAAACUGUAUAAACUAGCUUGAGCGAUUGGAUAGAGGAGAUAAGCUAUUGGCUCAGUUCCCGCUUUAAGCCAAGUGUAGAAAAGAGAUAAUCAAAAGAUCAUAAGCAAUUUUUACUGAUGGGAAACACACAAUACUGGAAGCAAACCACUGAAGGCAUCCUAGCCAGCAGUCUCAGCGAUAUGAUAAUGUUGAGUUUAUUUAUUCUCUGUCCUUUUAUAUAUCAUUGUUGUUUUUGUUCUAUUUUAUUUAACAUUCUAUAUCAUAUAUUAGUGAUUUCUGAAACCCAUUUUUUUGCAUUGUGAAUGUACGUAUCGAAACAAUGAUCAAAUAAAGGAGCUGCUCAGGUUUCCUAAUCCUAUCCGCUUAUUUAGCAGACGACAUCUCGAACCUGCAAUAAACGUUGGAGUAUGUUUCGCACUCUAAAAAAAACUGUUUCCACAAAAACAAGCGCAAUUCUCCCUUGAAUCUUGCUAUGUGUACAAUAUGUUUUUUGGUUUCAUUUUGCCGAAGAUAAUAAAGGGCCGAAUAAAAAGAUAUAUUUCCCAAACCUGUUGUAUUUGCGAAUGUGUAACAAUUUAGCGGAAAGCAUAACAAAUUUAGGUGUUCUUGUGUUGCCUAAGUAAAAACUAUAUAUAUAUAUUUUUAUGCAAUACCUACUAAGAGCGACAAAGAGGAAUUAGUGAACAAUCAUCAGCGCAUUCAGCAGGAUGAAAUUGUAACGCCCUAAGCAAAUAUCGUUUAUUCUGAAUCAUGCCUCUGGAAAGCAAGAACGCCGCAAAAAUAGAACAACUUUUAUUUAUUGUAUAUUUCUUUAACUAAGUUUAUAAUCAUUAUAAAUAAUAAUAAUAAUAUAUAUCUACUAGACGAUGGCGGUAGAAGUGAAGCUUGCAGAAUCAAUUUAAAACUCACACAGAUCAUUAUAGUAAGGUAGCAAGUUGUAAAUAAAUUGAAAUUUGCAUACAUUUUACCCAACAACAACAAAAAAAGCUUUCAAAAUUAUAAACUCACGACUAUAUCUACUCCGACGGCAUGCUAUCAGUAAUUAUAUACUCAACAUACAAAAUAGAAAUCGCAAAUGCAGUGGUAAAUUGGUUACUAGUCUUUCGAAUAAAAUAACAUACACAUUGAAUUUCAAUUUAAUCAAAUAAUCUGUAGUUAACUGUUUUGUGAUAUAGACGUUUUCUAUACAAAAACACAUACAUACAUACAUACUCAUACUCAAUACCGGUCAGUCGGCGAGAGGGUCUGGGUUGUCUCGACGUACAUCCGACUAAAACACUUCUCAAUUUUCAUUCUUUUGAAAAACAGUCCCUCUUCACCCUUUCGAUUCCAUAUUCAGUUUGAAAACUGCCCUUUCCAUUCGGACAACCCAGCGGGGCAUUACGAAUCAUAAAUGCGAACUGCGGACGGGAAUCCGCCAAUUUCCAAGCAAAGUGUCUUAAACAUUUUUUUUCGUAAGAUCAGUGUAUUGUAGGGUAGUGCCGAUAAUCGUACACCAGUUUUGACAACUGGAAAUUGCCUUGCAAGGAAACAAAAACUUUUGACUUUUUAAGUGUAAGUUUUUGAUGCAUUUUUUAUUGAUACGUCAGCUAGAUCGAACGUUGGUUGGCACUUACGACUUUUUUUUAUUAGAACACCCCUAACCAGCUCUCAUAUUUGCUCGAAUUGACGGAUAGUUGAAUUAACAGUUGAAAAAUUAUUUACCGAUUGAUAGGGUUGUGAAUUUAUUCCGGCAAAACUAAAAGAACAAAUCUUAUCCAGUACUUCUGUUUUAUCUUCUUCUGCUCGAAUACUAGAAAAACUAAAAAAAAAGAUAUAAUUUUCAACGUAAAUUAUACGAGACUAGCUGACACCGAAUCACUAUUGAUUCCGAUAAUGUUUUGUGUACACUGAUCAACAAAACUACUAUUUAGUGAGAUUAGAAAAAUUGGCCUUAAUUCGAUCCGUGUCGAUCAUGCUCUGAUUUACAUAUCGAGACAUCCUUUUGAUGAUAACAUAUAUGAUUUAUCGUAAUUUUUGAUUCCUAACAUUUUUCGUAUUGAUCGAUUUGAAACGUAGAAAACAAACAUUAAAUCAAAUAGUCACAGAUUUGUAUAGAGUAAAACAACCAUCAGUAUAAUAAAAAAUAGCAGCGAUUUGUACUCAUGCUUGCCAUUGAAAAAAAAAGAAUGUAUUUUAACUGAAAUUAUAACGUUCGAAAUGAGCAGAGAUUUUGCGGUUUUGGAUGUGUUAACUUUUACUAUGCAUUUGACUUUAAAACCUACGUGUAACACAUAGACUAUGGCGAACACUGGUAACUGUUUUGUUUUUCUGCACAUACUCGAAACGACAUGUUCCACAUAAAGGUCCCAAUUCGUAAGUUUAUGUAAAUAUGAGCCAUAUGAGUAAAUAACCUGAGUUUGUAGCCAAACAUUCAAAAAUUGUAUCAUCAUUGCAACCUCUACUACAACUACACUAUACUGUAUCUGUAAGACAAAUAAAAAGCAAGCAAGUAUCCGCACAGUUCACUCUCAAACACAUUCACACACCCAAGCGAGGUAUGAAACGUGAGGUGAAUCUGUUAGAAACAUGUACGUUGGUCAGAAAUAAAAAUUAAAAAACAAAUUGAAGAAAAAAAAUACUAGGAAAAACCUUGAAAUAGUGAAAAAUGAAUAUUAAAAAAAAGUAUUAUAGAUGAAGCAUGUCAAUUUCCUGCUCUGUAAUGGAAUUUGUUUUUCUAUUUAGACAAAGACCAACGUUUGAUAGUUGUCUACCCCUACUAGUGGGAACAUAAUUUGAUUACAUACCUUUAAUCAAAGCACAAGAGAAUUGCAAGUUGCAGGACGACAACAUAGAAUUCGAUUAUCGGGUAAAAUUUCGUGGUUCACAUCUUCUGCACGCAUAGCGCCCCGCUAUUUGCAUUUUCAACACACCUUAGUACAUGUGGCUUUAAAUGGUCGACGCAUGUUUUUUAUACGUUUUCAUUGUGCAAUUUGUUCGUAAAACGCUCGUGUAAAAGUUAGGUGGUAACAUAAAGUGACCGGCGACGCUACAUUUAUACUUAAAAAAAACAACCUUUAACCAAGUCCACACAAGCGGAGUUUUGUUGGUCGAUUGACCCUCUCAUAGAACAUGGCCUGACAGUCGGACAAGACAAAUGUCGUUUAAUUUUUCGUUCCUUAUAUAGCAUGGAAGUUGGGUGUUUCACAAACGAGUUCUUGUAUAAACAAGAGAAAAAUGUUUCAUACAAAUGAAGGCAAACAAUAAAUACAAAAAGAAUUAAAAAAAUCAGAAAAUAAACAAAAACGAUUUAAGAAGCAAACCGUUGUUAAUCUGGGGACGUCUGCGUUGAUUUCUGCUAUUUUUUAUGUAUUAUAAUUCUUUUAAAGUUA